UCAAAGUGCGCGCUGUGCGGAGCAAUUUUUAAUCGCUCAACCGUUUUCCGACGGCGGUUCUUUUCGAAAACCAGCAAAAAAUGGGAAUUUCGUAUAUUAUCAAUAAAAAUUUCGCAUAAAACGACUAACGGUACUGGGCAUGAACUGCCUAUAAAUGUGAUUUUUAUCAGCUAUAAAGCUGUGAUUUUUUUUGGGUUUAUUUCGCCGAUCGAUCGUUAAUACACAAAAAAUAAAAACAAGGUGCAUCCAUUUAGUGAAACAAGCCAUAAAUUAGCAAAAGAAACAUCUAUAAAUUAAAUACUUUUGGGAUUUCACUUCGCACUUCGUUUUUCGGCAUGAGUAACUAACUCGUUGAUUGACGGUCAGAACGCUGCGUCAUGUUGUUGCUGCCAACGGAAAUAUGUCCAGCAGCAACAACAACAACAACAACUAUAGACAACACCAAAAGUUGCCCAACGAAAAGUAAUUUGCGAAAAUCAUAAAAAAGUAGCGUAAAUAACUCCCGGCUCUGCCAGAUCCAAGUGGAGCGAAAAAUACAAAAAAGCACAAAGGCCAAGCGCGAAAAUAGCCAGAAAAUUGCUGGAAAUAUUUUGGUUCACACCAAAACAAGUAAACCCAGAAAUACCAACAAUAUUCAAGAACGACAACUAUAGGAACAACCAGAGCAACAACAGCAAGUGUCGCCGUUUUCUUAUGCACAAAAACCAUUCUGUGAUAUCUCAAGACCCAAAGAUGGCAUCGUUAAGCUUGCACUUGAUAGUGAUAGCUCUGCUGGCGUCGACUGCGCUGUCGACAGCAACAACACCAGCAACAACCACAGUGACGCGACAGCGCGGCAGGGGCGGCGUCGCCUUCCAGGGGGAGGGGUUAGCUAGGCCAACAGGGGGCGUGGCCGUAUCCACGACCAGCACAGAGGCGCCGACGUUGAGGGCGCCGCGGCAGCGUCGACCGCCCACGACGCAAUCGAUCGAUGUGACGGUGACGGUGACCCCGAUUCGCAGUCGCGGUCGCGGCGGCAGCGCAGCGACGCCUCUGCCGCCGGUCACAACAACAACAACAACAGCUGCUCGGGUGUUGCAGCGACGACGCAGCAGCACUUCCAGCACAACAACAACAACCACAACAACAACAGCGGCCACUCCUGCAGCUGGAAGGUCUUCCAGGGAUCGGGGGAGUGUGAGGGGGCCGCGACAACCGCGCGAUACGCCGGAUACUAGUAUUCGACGCAGUUGGCAGUCCGCCCAGCCCACCGCCACCCCCUACCGGCCCACUUCCAGUCCCAGUUUCAUUUCCAGUUCCAGCUCCAGCUCCACUUCCAGUACGACUUCCAGUCGAGGCGCACUUAAAACGCCACGCAUGAUCCAGCGCCUGGUGGCCGGUCACAUCCACAACGCCCAGGGACACUCCACCUACGAGGUGUCGGCGGUGAGUGCCAACAGCUCCUCGUCCAGCUAUGGUCCCUCGACGACGGAGAGGAGUACCACAACCUCCUCAUCCUCCUCCUCCACGACGCCCACAACGACGACGACUGCGAGGCAACCUCCUUUGAGGAACAAAGCGAGCAGCAGCUACCGCCUGGCCAAACCUUCGACCAGGCCGAGAUUAAGCAGCACAGCGGCCCCUACGAGAUUUAGUAAUCCGCCAAGUACCUCGAGAACCACCACCCCACUGCCUCCCCCCAAAUCCAACACCCCCAAUCCCUUCAGGGGACAGGAGUUCGACGAUGACGAUGAGGCCCUGCUAAACGAACCCGAUGACUUCGACAACUGGGACAAUGGCAUCCUGCGGUUAAGUGCCGGCUCUGGCAAGGAGGCAGAAGCUCCGGCCAAGAAGCCGCCCAAGGAGGACCAGAAGAAGACGCUGGCCGACCAGGUGAGGGACGGCAAGUACGGCCUGAUCGAGAAGGAGCUCUUCCGCCGGGUGCCCAAACGGCCAGGGGUGCUGAGCUAUGCCCGCAACUCGGAGGUGCCGCUGGACAACGAACGGAACUAUGGCGGGCUAAACGAGGAGGACAUCUGGCUGGCGGAGGAUCACCUGCUGGUGAUCAAGGGCGGCGCCCUGAACGAGGAGGCGGACGACAACCAGCAGGGUCCCUGGCCAGCCAUCGAUGACUACGAUGCGCCCGGGAGACAGAUCAAACUGCCAGCAAAUCCCGCCGUGCCGCCUCCCUUUCCCGUGCAGCUCGAGCCGCACGGGCCGCUGCAGCUUAUCCGAGAUAAUCAACUCGAGAUCCUCCGUCCGGCGACUGGCAAUGCAACGCUAUCCGCUAAGGGAGCCCACCACCAGGGCCACCAAGGCGCCGCCGGUGAAAAUCUCGCAUCGCAUCCUGUUGCCCGGACGGGAGCGAUUGCAGCAUCUCCGGCAGCUAAGUCCGCAGAUGCCCAGGCCCCGGCCUACGUCUAUCCGGCGCCCUAUGCCCCCUGGCUGCUCUACCCCAACGACUCGGUGGCGUCCCAAGGUCUGUUGAGGACUCCACCGCUCCUGGGUCCCUGGCUGAUCAAUGGGCUGAAUGGAAAUGGUUCGCUGGUGGGGGAUUCUCCGCUCCCAGGCAAUGUCAGCGACUUUGACGAGGAUGAUCCCUCGUUGUACUAUCCGCCGGCCUAUACGUUUGUCUACAAGAGCAACUACUCCAACCCAGUGCCACCGGGUCCUUUGGUUCCUGGCAUAGUUCUGCCCCCGCCGCCGGAUCACUUCAGUCGACUGGAGGGCAGUGUGGCGAGCAGGAGACCCCUGACCACGAGCAGCACCUCGACCACGAGCAGUACGACCAGCAGUACAACGACCACCACCACCAGCACCACCACUACCACCUCACGACCUCCAGUGCAGCUGCCGGCCAUUCGCACCUCCUACAAGCCCAAAUACAAUGGGAUCACCUACCUGCCGCCGCCGCCCAGGCAGAGUUCACCCAAGUAUGUGGAGCGGGUGCCCGUUCCGGUGGCGGUGCCCAUACCCAUCUACCCAGUCAACUAUACGCCGCGUCCCCAGCUGGUCUUCGUGCCCAGUUCCACGGAGGGCAGUCGCCAGGAGCCGCCACUGGACCCACCGCUCUCCAAGUCCAAUCCCAUCUACUACGAGUACUUCGAGGCCAAGCGGCAGCCGGGUUCAAUCAAGUCCAAUGUCAUCGACGACUUCCUGGCCACCAAGCCGCCCAAGCGGCAUCACCAUAAUCACAACAACAACAAUGUAUCCCCACAUCACCACCAGCGGGAGCACCUGCAGCACUACAAGGCAUCGCCCAGUCCUGCGAAUGAUGUGGCCCCCGAGGUGGUCAACAUCACGCCCAAGCCGAGGACCGCCCAGCUGCAGCUCCAUGCGGAGUACGAGGCCUCCCUGGGCCAGCUGCUCAGGAGCAACCUCAUCUCGCCCCCGGCAGGAGUCAAUGUCAGUCCGGGGCGCUUCCAGGCUCCCGACUUCGACAAGCAGCCCUUCCUGCCCAUGGUGAACUACAGUGCGGAUGAGCAGGACCAGAACGCCUUCAAGGCGAUAGUCUACCAGCCUCCUGGCCAGCGACAGCGUCACCUGCGGGUGGGCAAGCAGCAGCUACAGCUGGACACCUCCUUGGAGGCCUCUCCGCCGGAUUCCUACCUGCCAGGACGCCACUUCCGGGUGGGCAAGCAGCAGCACCAGCAGCAGCUCCAGCAACUGCAGCAGCAGCCACAGAUCUACGAGCCCCAGAUCUACAGCACGCCAGUGCCCCAGUUUGUGGACGAUCCACAGCAGCUGAGGCCCCCAUCCCCUGUCCAGUCGAAUCCCCUGCAAUUCUGGCAGCGACCACCGCCGCAAUUCAAGAGGGUGCGACCCAGCAGCAAACAGGGACACCCUCAUUCCCAUCCCCAUGCCCAUCCCCACUAUCCGCCGUACUAUGUGCCAGGCUAUCCGAGUGCCCCAUCGGCGGAACCCCUAUACCGUCUGGUGCCCGUGGCCCAGCACAAGCACUGGAGGAACAAGCAGCCCCAGCCGCAGCAGCAGGUGCAGUCCCAGCCCAUCCAGGUGCAGGCCCAGAAUCAGGGCUAUCCCGACCGGAGCGUGAACAUAGGCCACAGCCUCGCCGGCGACAUCCUCGUGAACUACAACACAAACAACCAGUUCAAUCCGCAGGCGGAACUGGUGCCCCAGGCCCAGUUGGCGGCACCGCCUCCACCGCUAUCCUAUCAGGCCCAAAGUGGUCAACCCUUGUGGUCCGACAGGGAAUCCCGGGAUCGGGAUCGGGACAGGGAGCGAUCGGUGAGGCAGUCGAGGGAACAGCAGCAGCAGUAAUAGUAUAUCAUAAUCUGAGUAAUCAUGUCGAUAAUGAUGGUUUCUAUGUCAUUGAUAAACGUAGUGUCAAAAUGUGAUCUAUAGGGAGGCCAAUCCGCUAUCGAAUCCCAGCCUAGACGACAAGAUGUUAAUGGUUCCAUAUGUAGUAAUCGUCCUUUCAUGUUAUACCAUUUCAUUCAUUCAACCCCGAUUAUGGUCUCAUUUUCGUAUUUCAACAUUUCCAUAUUUUGUGAUUGAUGUUUUCCAAUAGUAUUUAUGAAUAUUCCUUGAAAACAUUAAGAAAUUGAUUUAAUCUCGAAAUUGUUUAGUUUUUUCGGAUCUAUAUAAAGCUUGUUUUGCCUAUCCGUGUUUGACUUUCAUUAAAACUCUACUUAGUUAACGAAAACCUAUCCAAUCAAGCUCAAUCCAACAUUAUUUCGCGUUCUUCGCUACCACUAACAUAUAGUUACGUUAUGUAGAGCUGGUCAUAUAAGAGAUAAACCCCGAUUUGAUCCUGUUGCUCAUAUCUCGAUGGUGAUCGACAAUCGAUAUAUAUCGACAAUCGCUGAUAGGGAUGCAACAAACACAUACACAUACAUAUAUAUAUUUAUACCAUAUAUAAGAACCUAUAUCUCCCUAUGCGGUAAAAAAUAUAUUCACAAACCUAUGUAAAUAAUAAACGAGUGUAGGCGCUACAGACACCACUUAGUCCUAGGGGCAGUAAAAUACAUGCAUAUAUGUAUGUAAACUUUAUCGAUAUCUAUAGGAACGAAGGAUACUUCGUUUAGCCGUAGCUAUCUGUUUUAUCCUGCACACACUAUAUGUAUUAUUUUUUUCUAUUUAUUGUAAUCUGUUUUUGAAUGUUUUCCAAAAUCAUUGCAAAACUUUGUAUAAAAGCCAUAACAACUAAGGUCACUAUAAGUUAAAAUCACGCUAUGCAACUAAUAAACACUAUGCGUAAAAUAAAUCUUUAGUUUGUAAAACAUACAUAAAAAUAUUUUUUUUUUUUUAAUUUUAAACGAAUUAAAUAAUUUGUAGACUCAAAUUCUUAUUAUUGAAAUAAAGCAAAUUGAAAA